GCCAUGUUGCUCAAUAGAAUAUUGGGUGUUGCAAGUGGGUUAUUGUGUGUUUAUGGUUUUGAUUCUCGUGCGAUAUGGUAAUUGCAUUUGAAGUGUGACGCGUGUCGUAGCUUUGUUAGUAAUUUUGAAAGCCCUUGGCAAAUUAAUAUUUAUAGGCGGAAUGACUGAAUCAAGAACUGAAUUUAAGCUGAAAACACCUCCAGAAGAUGGCAUAUCAUCUGUUAAAUUUGGACCUAACUCUGCACAAUUCUUACUUGUAUCUUCUUGGGACAGUACUGUUCGUUUGUAUGAUGUUAUAACAAAUAACAUGAGGCUCAAGUAUACUCAUGACAGGCCAGUUUUGGAUGUUUGUUUUCAGGAUGCUGUGCACUCGUAUAGUGGUGGACUGGACAACACUCUUAAGAUGUAUGAUUUCAAUAGCAAUACAGAAACCGUAGUUGGAACUCAUGACAAUGCAAUUCGAGCAGUCGAGUACUCUCCAGAAGUAAAUGGCAUAUUGACAGGAAGUUGGGAUGCAACUGCAAAAUUGUGGGAUCCUAGGAGUCCACGGUGUGUGGGGACAUACACGCAGCCAGACAAGGUAUACACAAUGAGUCUAUGCGGUGAGAAGUUUGUUGUGGGCACAGCAGGACGCAAAGUGUAUGUUUGGGAUCUGCGCAACAUGGGCUACGUCCAUCAACGCAGGGAGUCGAGUCUCAAGUACCAGACCAGAUGCAUUCGCUGUUUCCCCAACAGACAGGGCUAUGUCCUCAGCAGUAUUGAAGGUAGAGUUGCUGUUGAGUACUUGGAUACAAGUCCUGACGUCCAGAAGAGGAAAUACGCUUUCAAAUGCCAUAGAAUAAAAGAAAAUGGCAUUGAAAAUAUUUAUCCCGUGAAUGCCAUCAGUUUCCAUACAGGGUACAAUACAUUUGCGACAGGAGGUUCUGAUGGUUACGUCAACAUAUGGGAUGGAUUCAACAAGAAACGGUUGUGUCAGUUUCACCGGUACAACGCAUCCAUCUCGUCGCUGUGCUUCAGCCACGACGGUAAGUCGGGAUAGCUGGCAAAGCCUUCG